GCCCCGCCUGGGCCUCUCCCAGACAGGCCGGAAGGGCAGUCCUUCCCCACUGGGCUGCUGGCAGCGCCUGGAAGGCAGCGGCGGCGGCUCCGGGAGGCUGCGGUCUCGGCAUGGACACCCGGCUGGACCAGGAGACUGCGCGGUGGCUGCGAUGGGACAAGAAUCCUUUAACUUUGGAGUCAGUGAAACAACUAAUUGCAGAUGGGAAUAAAGAAGAACUAGAAAAAUGCUUUGGGGCCCGAAUGGAGUUCGGGACAGCUGGCCUUCGAGCCCCAAUGGGAGCAGGAAUUUCUCGUAUGAAUGGCUUGACCAUCAUCCAGACUACACAGGGAUUUUGCAGAUACCUGGAAAAACAAUUCAGUGACCUGAAGCAAAGAGGUGUUGUGAUUAGCUUCGAUGCUCGAGCUCAUCCACCAAGUGGAGGCAACAGCAGAAGGUAUUUAAAGAUACUGAAGAAGCCUUUUUUGGUAGUGUAUUUGGUGGGUUUGUUUUUAAUCACUUUACAUUCAUUUGUCAGCUACAUGGCUUAACUAUAAAAAGGAGUCCAUUCUGCCUUGCAACUUUAAGAAUUCUGGUUUUUCAUUUAAGGGAAUGAGAUUAUUUAGACAAUUUAGAAGUUAAUAUGUAUCUAAAUGAAAGACAUUUUUUUAAACGGGCAACAUUAUUUCUCCCUCUCGCUUUCUUCCUCUUAUGUCAUUUUUUUCCUCCACUAUUCAUAAGCCACAGGAGCUUCUUCCCAUUCUUGAACACCUGCUUUAAGCUGCAUUCUUAUAUUGUUUCCAAACCACUGGGACCCUCUUGUAACCAAAGGCAGACGAUGACGGUGAUGAGGGGAAUAGCAAUUAUUUGAGUGCUGAAUAUGAACUAGGCCCUCAGGUGUUUACUCAUUUCAUUGUCACAACAGCCUAUAAAGUGUACUUUUAUCUCUGUGCUCUGAGAUCAUGACGUGAGAGAAGGAGCCACAAUUUCAGCGUAACAAAGCUGACACCAGCGGUCAGCAAACUUUACUUCUAAAAGGUCAGUAGUAAACGUUUUACACACUGUGCACUGUACAGUCUGUCACAACUACUCGACUCUGGCGUGGAGCACAAGCACAGGCAUAGGUUAUACAUGCUGAGUGGGGAUGGUGGUGUUCUAAUAAAACUUUAUUUACAAAAUGGGCUGUAGAUUGCCAACCGCUGCUCUCGACUCCCUUUUUUACUUGAACACUUCCCCUAUUAUGAUGAAUUUUUUUGUCACUUCAGAGUAAGAGUAUUAGUAGUUUCUGAGGUUAGAAGAACAUACAAAUAUUUAAUAUUGAUGAAAAGUCUCCAUAACUUUAGAUAGUGCAGGAUGAGUUCAUAGAGUCCUAAUCUUUGUCCAUCAGGAGUUUCUAAUCUAAGAGAGAAGCAUUGACAGGAACCAAUGUGCAGCUUUGAGGAGGGGAACAUAGCCAGGGCAUAAGAUUAGAUGACACCAGCCACCAGACUGAAC